AUGCUUAGGAGGUAUCCAGAUAUGGCCGAUUACGACUAUCCUGGCCAAGAGCAUGAUCAGCUUUUCGAGUCCGACUACCAACACGAGGGAGGGAAGACAUGCCAGAAUUGCGACAUCCAAAGAGUAAGGAAACGGCGACAACGCCUGGAUCCCCGGGUGAGAGUACAUUAUGGAACAAUUGGUUCUUCGAAUUCCGUGAUCAGGGACGCCGUGGAACGCGACAAGCUGAAGCAGAAAUACAAUAUCCUCUGUGUUGAGAUGGAGGCUGCUGGACUGAUGGCUGCAGCACCGUGUCUGGUCAUCCGCGGCAUAUGUGACUAUGCUGAUUCGCACAAGAACAAGCAGUGGCAGCCCUUUGCGGCAGCAGCCGCUGCAUCAUACGCGAAGGAACUGCUUCUAGUUCUUCCUCCAGUGAGACAAUCUGUCACCCGUAACCCUACUUCUGCUGAGCCAUACGAUUUAACUAGAUCAGUAUCCAUGUGUACCACUCCUAUCCUGGGAGACGGUGAUCCUGGCCCCAAUUCCAGACAAGGGACCAUGGUAAUGGACAAUCCAAAUGGAUAUCAAAGGCUUCUUGACUCAUUGACCUUUGAACGCAUGGAUGCACGACUUAUGAAUGUUUCCAAUGCCCUGACGAAGACAUGUACGUGGCUUUUUCAAGAGGAAAAGUUCAAAUUGUGGAUCAAGCGAAGCAACAUUGAGGAUCAUCAGGGUUUUCUUUGGACCAAGGGAAAACCUGGCUCCGGCAAGUCCACAAUGAUGAAAAAGGCUCUGGAAACAGUCAAAAGACAACAGCCUAGAGAUAUCAUCAUCUCUUAUUUCUUUAAUGCUCGAGCACCGGGUCAAUUAGAGAAAUCAAGUUUGGGGAUGUAUCGCUCAUUAGUAUAUCAGGUCCUACAGGCUUCUCCUCGAUUCCAGGGUCGAUUUGUUGAGAUGUUUGCUUCGAAAGACCGAGGAGGUGCUGUUGAUGAUUGGACAGCUAUGGAGCUCCAGGGAUUUCUCACAGAUGUCGUAGAGGGAUUGGGAGACCUCUCGCUCAAUAUCUUCAUCGACGCUUUGGAUGAGGGUAACGAAAAUGACGUGCGCCAUUUGGUCGCCUUCCUCGAAGACCUCAGUCUGAAUGCAGUCACGUACGGUAAGCUGCUCAGAAUAUGCCUUUCUAGUCGUCAUUACCUGCAAAUUAGUAUUCAGAAAGGACUCUCUCUUGUCAUGGAACACCAAGAUGGCCACAAAGACGACAUUGAAAUGUAUGUUCGAAAGAAACUCGUCGGCAAAGAAGGAGCUCGGAAGUCACGUUUGAAAGACCAGAUAUGCCAAAAAUCAUCCCGGGUUUUCUUGUGGGUGGUCCUUGUCAUCCCGAUUCUCAAUCAAUUGUACGACCGUGGUCAAGUCGCGGCGAUGGAAAAGCGUCUCGAAGAGAUUCCUACUGAGCUAGAAGGGCUCUUCGCUGAGAUCUUGGCAAGGAAUGCUGAGGAUAUCCAUAUAUCAGUCCUGCUCCUACAAUGGGUCCUAUUCGGGAUGCGACCACUCAGUCCGUUGGAGCUAUCUCUUGCCAUUCAGAUCGGAUCGACGUCCGCACACUCUACCGGAGCCAUAUCUUGGUCAGAUGAGGAAGAAUUGCACCGGUUCCUCCUCGACUGCUCACGGGGACUCACAGAAAUCACGAGGACCAAACCACCUGUGGUGCAGUUUAUUCAUGAAACAGUUCGAGAAUUCCUCGUUCGAGAAAAUGGCCUGGAGAAUAUCGAUAAAACAUUGUCUGGGAAUGUCAAAGGCAGAAGUCACGAUCGAUUAAAGACGGUUUGUGUAAGAUAUUUUGAUGAAUAUUUUUCGUUGGAUCAGAAAAAAUACCAGCCCAGGUCAAUUCCUGAAUGUACUCACCCGAGAGAAGAAAUUCAAAGAGAACUUCCCCUCGCGGAGUAUAUCGUCAACCACAUGUUUUCGCAUGCCGACAUAGCCGAGGGCAACGGGAUCCGAAACAGACAAUUUCUAAGACGGUUUCAAGCGAGAAAUUCCGACGAUCGCCUCAAGUGGGUCCAGUAUCGCAACACUUUUCAGCGGCAUCGAGCUCGCAAAUAUACCGUGGAGGUGAAUUUAUUGUAUAUUUUGGCCGAGCAAAACCUGGCUAAUCUUGCGAGAGUGUUGAUUGAUGACAAGGCUAAUGUCAACGCUCAUGGACAACGGUACGGGAAUGCUUUGCAGACAACCUGCGCUGGUGGCCAUCAUCAAAUGGCGCAACUCCUUGUUGAACGUGGAGCGGACGUUGGUGCUACGGGCGGGGAACAGCGAUAUGCUCUUUGUGCUGCGAUACAUGGUAAACAUGAGUCGAUCAUACGAUUACUAGUGGGCACCAACAUGUUACCACCAAUUAAAGCACUUGAGAAAUCGCUCUUUUUGGCAAUUGCUCGUGGUUAUUUGGACGGUGUGAAAAUACUUCUUGACGCUGGAGUCGCGACGAAUUGCACAAACUACCGCGAGGAGACACCGCUUUACCUAGCGGUGUCAAAGUGUAAGCUUGCAGUGGUUAAUCUGCUCCUACAGAGAGGGGCUGAUGUGGAUGCUAAAGGUGGUUAUUAUGGCUACCCUCUACAGACGGCAUCAGCUCGUGGCUACCGGGAGAUUGCGCAGCUAUUGAUUGAAAAGGGUGCUGAUAUUAAUGCUCAGGGCGGUUAUUAUGGCAACGCUCUACAGGCGGCAUCGGCUCGUGGUUAUCGGGAGAUUGCGCGUCUAUUGGUUGAAAAGGGUGCCGAUAUUAAUACUCAAGAUGGCGCUUAUGGCUACCCUCUACAGACGGCAUCAGCUUAUGGCUGCGUGGAGAUUGUACAGCUAUUGAUCGAAAAGGGUGCCGAUGUAAAUGCUCAAGGUGGUUAUUAUGGCAGCGCUCUACAGGCGGCAUCAACGCGUGGUUACCAGAGGAUCGCGCAUCUAUUGAUUGAGAAGGGGGCCGAUGUAAAUGCUCAAGGUGGUCAUUAUGGCAGCGCCUUACAGGCGGCGCUGCGUUUUCGUCAUGACGAGGUGGCUCGUCUACUAACUGAGAAUGGCGCAGGGGGAAAAUAG